AUGAGUAAGAGACUAGAUCUCCCUAACUGCUUUGAACAUUUAAGAUCAAGAGUUGAAAAGACGUUAACGCCCUUCGUCCGCAUAAGCGCAGAAAAAGGAUUAACUGGGCGAUUUGAUAGCAAGUUCGGUGGGGAUCCGUAUUUGCCUCUCGGGUUUGAAUACCCGCUUGAUGAGACUGGGGAGCCAAUGAAGCUACUUGCUCAAAUCAAUUUUGGGCAGGUACCUUCAAUACCAAACUUCCCCAUUUCUGGUAUUCUCCAAUUCUACUUGAGCGUAAAGGAUGAAUUAUACGGAUCUGGAUAUGAUGACAGAUAUAAUCAAAAAAACUUUCGGGUAAUUUACUUUGAUGAUAUCCAAACAAGCGAGAAAGAUCUUCUAACCGAUUUUGAGUUCACAAAGCUGUCGAAAGAAGAUGUCUUUCCGAUUUCUAGUGGAUGCGAAGCAAGACUAAGCUUUACCAAAGAUGAAGAAUUCAUGAGCCUUGGUGAUUUUCGUCUAGAAAGGGAAUGUGGAAUCAGUAUGAACGGAUGGGAGGCGGAACUUGACGACUUUUACGUCAAAUGCUCUGAAUCAUCUAUGGGUCAUAAAAUUGGUGGUUAUGCUGGUUUUACGCAACAUGAUCCUCGGAGUGAGGUUGGAGUACUUUCCGAACACACUCAAUUAUUACUUCAGAUCGAUAGUGAUGACAAUAUUGAUUGUAGUUGGGAUGACGCUGGUGUUGGAAACUUCUUUAUUAGAGAAGACGAUCUGAAGAAAAAGAACUUUACCAGAGUUUUUUUCAACUUUGAUUCGCACUGA